UGCGGGGCCGGGCGGGAGCGGCGGCGGGGCCGCGGCCGGGGCCGGGAUGGCGCUGGACGCGCGGCGCCUGGAGGCGCUGAGUCUGCAGGAGCUCAGCGCGCUGCUGGACGACGAGGAGCAGCUCCAGGACAUGGCCCGCGAGAUGGAAGAGGCCCAAAAUGUUCAGCACAGCAAGGACAUGACUCUUGCCAGCAACCGCAGUCUGGCAGAGGGAAAUCUCCUGUACCAGCCAAAGUUGGAGUCUCUAAAAUCAAAUUUAACUGAGAAAUACCAAGAGCUGCAAGUUCUUUUUGAAGCAUACCAGAUAAAGAAAACAAAACUAGACAGACAAUCCAGUAAUGCUUCCCUGGAGACCCUGCUGGCACUGCUGCAGACUGAGGGGGCGAAGAUUGAGGAAGACACAGAGAAUAUGGCAGAAAGGUUCCUUGAUGGUGAAAUACCCCUGGAUUCCUUCAUCGACGAGUACCAGAGCAAGAGGAAACUGGCUCACCUGCGCCGGGUGAAGAUCGAGAAGCUGCAGGAAAUGGUGCUGAAGGGACAGAGACUCGCUCAGGUUCAGGCGCCGCCGCAGCCGAGGGCAGCCGAGCCCGCGGCAGCCCCCGCCGAUCCCUACAGGGCGGAUGCCAACCCUCCUCCCUCGGUGGUGCCGCGGCGGAUCCCGCCCCCGCCGCCUCCCUCAGGCCCGGCUGGACGCUUCCCCACUCCCUUCACCGCGGCCGUGAGCUCAGGACCAGCUCCCUCCUACCCAGGUGCUCCGUACCCUCCUCUCCCGCCCCGGCCGGGAGCAGCUCAGCCCACGAGUCAAGCGGCACAGCCGGGAUACCCAGCUCAGUUUGUGCCCCCCUAUCCUCCACCUCUGCCCCAAAGACCACCUCGCCUUCCACCACACCCUGGCUUCAUCCUCCAGUAAAUAUUUGGGUGCGCCUGACUUAUGUAUUGGUGCUUAUAUUUCCUUUUCCCCCCAUCAGAGACUUGCUGUAGGCAAUGGGAAGCCUCUGUUCUUUGCACAAUGGAGCACAAAGGCCGAGCUGUGGCACAGAGGUUUGCAGUUGCUUUGCUAAAUGUGAUGUUUGUUUGCAAAGGUCAGUGGUGACAAGGUUUUCCUAGGAAGGUCUAAAUUCUGUAAAUCCAUCAAAUUGGGAAGGCACUCGCAGUGGAUUUGCUGACGUUACAAACCGAGUCACGCUCUGAAUUCCUCAGUGAUGGUAAAUCAGCAUCCUCCUCUGUUCUGAUGUAUUCCCAUGGCAGCUGGAUGUACGUGUGGCACACGGGGAGCUGGUUGUCCCUCUGAGGAAUUCUGUGACAAUGCUGGGAUGGUAACAACCAUAUCUGACUGCCGGGCAAGGGGUGUGCACAGGACCCCCCUCAGCAUCCUUUUGCAUCCAGGGCCAGGUGCACGGCGUUUUCAGAGCUCACUGAGCUGAAACUCCUGUCAGAACACCUUGGGGGGUUUAGGCAGGGAAAAGGACAAGAGUUUCAUUUCUGCAUUUCAGUUGUUACCUUAGUGUGUAAUCAAAGUAGGCACUACUCCCACUCCUAAAUAGCUUGGUACCCUCAAAGUCCUGGUCUCUUGAAAUGCAACUAAACUGUUUGUAGAGCCAGUUUAGGGUUUUAUAGACACUUUACCAGGCAGUUUUAUUUCCUUGCCUGUUAAGACUCUUUCUAAUGGUUGGUUUUUCUCUCCUUUUCCAUACCUUGAAUACAGAAAUGAUUUUUUUACACAGGUGCUUAGCUUUUGCUACCAUGUGAUUCCAGGAAUCUAGGCAGGGUAUUUUCUUAAUCAAAUACUGGAUUUUCACAUGUAAUUGCCCACUUGAAUUUCCACAAUUUAAUUUUAUCCCUUAACUCCGUCUCUCACUUUACAGAGCUACUUUUAACUUUCCCAUUUAGUUUAGUUUUACAGUUUGGGGCAUGUUUAUCUAUCUGGAGUUGGCAGUUAAUGUUUCUCUGCAAAUAGACAAAAAAGAAAAGCCUUUUGAAGUCCAUGGUGGCUGUUUGCAUCUUACAGAAUCUGUUCUUAACUUCUGCCUCUGGAUGGGAGAGGCUUUUUAGGGCAGCUCAGAUUUCACUCUCAAUGUGACUCUUGAAGCCUAAGGUGCAGACACAUGCUGGUAUUUUAAUCCAGCACUGGGGGAGGCAAAUUUUAACACUAGUUGUUUGCACAGAAUGUGUCUGUGAAUUUGUUAUCAAUCAGUAGCUGUCAAAGCCCCUGGUUAUUUCAGUUAUUUUGGUAUCAUUGUGCUGGAAUGCACUACAUUGUUUGGAAGUUUGUACUACAAACAUCAGUCAGAAUAGAAUAUCUAUUUUUUUUUAUGUAAGUCCUGGAUUGUCCCUUAAUCAUUUCCUCUGGAGUGUGAUGGUUAGCAAACACGAAUCUGAAAUUAAGCUCAUAACAGGAAGCUCUUGAUUCUGAAAAUAUGAAUAUGGUCAUUUGGCUUGGUUUGCCUUCUGCAGACAAAGGGCAGAAGGUUGAUCAGUGUUACUGGCAUCUGAACCAAUUCCCCAGUGGAAGUCUGGCAAGUAUUUAUAGAUGGGGCGUUUUGUGAAGCAAUGUGCAUUGGAUUUGUUUGCAAAGUGUGUUUUUUCUGUAAUCUAGUGGUGGUACAGGAUGUGGUUGUUUUUUUUUUUUUAACAGUGUGAUAUCUUUUCUUGGUAUUAUUUUCUCACUGAAGCUUUGUACAAGCAUGGUUAAUUAUGACUCGUUUCAAAGUAACUUUGCUGUGCUGUUAGUGCUGGUAUUUGGGUGGCAGCUGUUGUAUCUGGAUGCUAAACAUGAGUCUGCUGUAGAAAUGGUUUGUGUCCUAGAAAGAAUUAAAGUGGGUGGGGGCUACCAGGGUGGUGUCCGAGUACAGAAAUUCAUACUUUGAGCCUGCUACACAAAAACUCUAAAACACUCCUAAAUCAGUUUUACUAAGAUUACAUUAAAAUAACCAGGUCUAUUUUACACUUAUCAAGUGCCAACUUUUUUUCUGAGAGUUGGAAAUCCUCAGAAGUGAUAGGGGUGAUAGAUAAGUGUAUAGUGAAUUUGCACUGCAUUUUAUGUAUCAGACUUUAUUGGUAUUAGUAGUCCAAAAAUAUUUUUACUACUUGUUAAAUCUUCUGUCUUUUGGUAACUUUUGUGAUAACAAUGACCUUUCAGGGAUACUUUAUCUAAAAACAACCUCUUGUGCACACUAAAUACAGACAAAGCUAAUGCAAUUUUUUUGUCUGAAAGCAAAACAAUGCAUUAUUGCAUAUGCAUGUGGCUGAUGUGCCUUAGGAUCACUACUUGUGAUUGUAAUUCUAGGAUAUUAGCAUUUUUAUCAUUUGAAUGGCCAUUGCUUAACUCUAAUUUAAGGGCUCUUCAAGAGCACUGACUUUUACUAAAAACUAACCCUCAUACUUCAGAAAAAACAGUUGUAUCUGCUAUUUGUAAGCUUAUAGUUGCCUUCACUGAUGGGUAAGUUUGAACAUAGCUGAUGUGACUAAUGUGAUGUUUCAGUUAUUGCAAGCUCAUAACUGAAGUCCAGCUGCUCAUGGAAAAUGUUUUGCCAUUAAUUUUGUGUGUGUGUGUGCACACAAACUGUAAAUAUUUACUUGACUGCUGGUGAUGUUCAAGGGUAAAGGAGAAGAAUGACUGUGGAAAGCUGUUUAAUCCUUUCAGCAACAAACUUGAUGAAACACUAACCUGGCAAGAGCUGUGUCAGUGCUUUCAACCUGUUGCCCUUCAACAGCUUCUCCUGUUCUGUUAUAGCUAAUAAAUUAAUUCUGCUCUGGCUAGGAUGUUUAGAAUUGUACUAAUUUGCACUGUUUAUAAGAUAGAUUAAAAUGCCAUAGGCAAGCUGAGACUUGAGAGGGGGUGGAUCACGAUGCUUGCCAAAAAAAAAAUAUAUAUAUAUAUUAAAAAAAGGAUUUUUGAUGUCUGCUACAAAUAGCAUAUACUUCCCCAAAGCAAUUGGAGUGGAGAAAAAUCCUUUAAAUACAAUGUGUAACACGGCUUUAGAGUGUUGGUAGCAUUGGAAAUGCUCUCUUUGGGCAGCAUUAUUUGUGCCAGUCUUUUGUGUGCAGUUUUGUGAGUUGGGACUUGGAGCUGGGACUGCAGGGAGCAGUUGUGGCUCCUGCCUGGGUCUCCCUGCACUCAGGGCUGCCUCCCAGAGAAGGUGGAGUCGGUUGUUCCAGCACAGCUGCUCCAGACAGGUCACCUCGGUCCUGCAGGAGGGAACAGGAGCUGCCCUGGGAUGCCAGGAGGCACCUGGGCACUGCCUGGUCGAGGUCACCAUCCCCAUUUCUGCCCCCACCUCCACAGCCUCGGGCUCCACCUCUCCUGGGACUUCUCUGCCCUCUCAAACUGGAAUCACAGAGCUCAGACUGAUUCUCUUGCCCUCCCGUGGAGCUCAGAGGGGGCAGAGUCAUCCUGUGCCUGAACAGUUCCUCUGUGUGAUCCCGGACUCUUAAUAAGGGGCAUUUUAUAGGUCGAGCAAAUUGUGAAACAUCCAGUGGAGUUGUUUGCAUAAAAAGUCUUUCUGUUAUCUACUGUGUUCUGAUUUUAAAUAAAACAGCAUAUCUCUUGGUGUCCUGUC